AAUCUCAAAGUGCAGCAGGUGAAGGAGGUUUGUUGCUCACCAUGGUUGGGAAAGGGGAGGCCAUCUGACCUGGAAAACAAGUUCAAACAUUUUGUGUCUUACUGCAAACAUUACAAACUCUGCAAAUUCAUUUGAGUCAGCCUGGAGCCAGCAGUCUGCCAGAAGUUAAGGACCGACUCUUUGGCCUCCCUCCCCCUCUCCGUGCUCCUGUCCGAACGUGCGGGUCCGAUCUUCCCCCUCUGACUGAUCAGCAUGACAAAGCACUGGCCGGAGCAGAUCCUCUUGGCACCACCCGCUCCGUCCCACCUCGGAGAACAUCACGGCCAUCAACUUGACUUCCACAGAAAUGCGCAGCAGAGUUUUCCUCCCGGCGGUGUAGCGCGGAGCCCUCCAGCCCAACAUUGGCAUCGCCACUUGGCUCAGAUGGUUCCGCAGCAGUUGUCGCGCUUGGAGAAGCCCGCAGCGCGUAACGAACAUCUCAACACGGCGUUCAUGGAUAAAGUCACACCGGACUCCUCAUACCCGAAUCCUCAAGAUGCCCACUUCAAACAGGAAACUAUCACCUCGUGGAACGGCGAACAGGAGAAGAAUAGCGCAAGCGGUGGGAAGAAAAAGAACUAUCAGCGGUAUCCAAAACCACCGUACUCGUACCUCGCAAUGAUAGCCAUGGUCAUCCAAAGGUCACCAGAGAAGAAACUGACGUUAUCUGAGAUCCUCAAGGAGAUCAGUACUCUCUUCCCAUUCUUCAAGGGGAACUAUAAGGGUUGGCGGGACUCUGUGCGACACAAUCUCUCCUCAUAUGACUGUUUUGUGAAGGUGCUGAAGGACCCGGGGAAGCCUCAGGGCAAAGGCAACUUCUGGGCAGUGGAGUUGAGCCGCGUUCCUCUGGAGCUCCUUAAGAGACAAAACACAGCUGUGUCACGCCAGGAUGAGACAAUCUUUGCCCAGGAUCUGGCCCCCUACAUCCUGCAGGGACACAAGCCAGAAUCGGAGCCACCGCCUGCCCCGGUGAACCCUCUCCCUGCCAUGCGCUCAAGAAAUCCCUCCCCGCCACCGGAGGACUUGUUCCGGCCCAAGCUGGACUCAUCCUUUGCCAUUGACUCUCUGCUGCACAGCCUGAGGCCACCUAGUGUCUCUGGGGAUGUGGACGUGUCGACCAGGGACUGCUGGGGCAAGGUGGAGCGCCCUCGGCCUUCACCGCCUCCACGACCUCGCUACGCCUCCUCUGCCCGUAGUGCUUCAGCUAGCUCCGCCAGUCCUGCCUCCACCUCCUCCUCCUCCUCUGAUGAGGAAUGGAAAGGGAUGCCCCUGUCUGGGAAGCGUGUUCCUCUUGAUGGAGAAGCUGGCUCAGAUAGUUAUGAGGACUACAGACCACCACUGCACAAGUCCGCCCGACGGGAGACUGUUGCACCUCCAUGGGAGCUCCCUACCUCCUACGCUAAAUACGCUCCCCCCAAUGCUGUCGCCCCACCCAGCAUGCGGUUCAAUGGCGGUCCUCUGAUGCCGCUGCAUGGCGGACUCCCCCUUUACGGCUAUGGUAGCUCGCCUGUGGCGCCUGGUCACUUUUUGGGUCAUGCUUAUUGGCCCAUCCUCCCCAGCGGACGAGUUUCUGUUCAAGCACCUCCCCUCAUCAUGGACCUGGACAACAUGUUGCAAUCCGUGCCUCCAAAUAAGAGCGUGUUUGACGUGUUGGUACCGACCAAUCAGAACUCUCACUCACAUCAUCAACCGCCCAGUCAGUACACCCUGCAGAACGGGCCUCCCCUAAACAGGUACCCUCAGUACUGACUGAAAUACUGACUCAUUUCCACAAAUUGAGCCAUACCGUCACUCAAAAAUGCACGGAUGCUAACCCACAAAGGAACUAUAUUUCUGCUGCAAAUUCUCCAAAACUGAGUGUCCGUCAAGCUCAAGAUAUGUUGGCUGUUAAUAUGCAAAAAAAGGGCGCUGAACUACAGACCGUGUAACUGAUGGAUUUUUGUUUUUAAGAAGAUAAGCCAGUGAUUUUUUUUUAAUGUUGAGAUUUUAAAAUGCAAACAUCUCCUUGUUUUCUUAUCAAUAUGUGCACAAAACAGCUAUACGACAAAAAUAUCUACCUCAGGCAUUCAAUGAAAUGGUGUUUGCAUCACCACAGGCUCUUUGUUCUGGCAAUUUUAUUUGCACUGUUUU